CUGUGGUCCCUCAGUGAGAAUGAAUGAACAUGUAAAGAGCAGGUCUCUGCAUCUCUGCACACACACAGCAGCAACUUUACUCUCACUUUUACUCGUGAUGGUUUUUGAUUCGACCAAAGCGACGGUGGCGACUCAGCAGUGUGGGAGCACGCUUCUGCAGACACUGAAACUGGCACGAUUUGCACAAAAGGAAUCUGUGGAUAUAAUCAAAACAUAUAAGGCGUCUCAGGGCGACAUGUCUGAGAUCAUCUGUAAAGUGAGUCUGAGUGGACUUCCAGACCCAAACAUCUCAGGUUUGGAGUCGUCGGAGCAGAUGAGCAGCGUCCACUCGAGUCUGCAGGAGUUCAGUCCACAUUUUAAAAGAGUGUUUGACCAACAGACCGACCUGCAGCUGCCGGACAGUCCACUGCUGGACCAGCUCAGCGUCAUCAGCCGUCGCAGCCUGUACCUGGACAGUCAGAUCACUGUCCUGUACCAGCAGCUGUUUCCAAACUCUCCUCCUCUAGGAGCAGACGGAGGAGCUACGUCACUGCCUCCACCUCAGAAUGUGUUUCAGCAGAAGGUCUAUGGAUGUGUGGUGCUCAAAACGUACAAGGAGUUUCUGUCGAACGUCAGCAAAUAUUUAAGGACACUGAAAAACCAAAUGUGUGGAAUAAACGCUCGACGCAUCAACAUGUUUUUCUAAGGCCGGCCUUAGAAUCAGAAUCACAAAGACAAUGCGACAGUGGGAGGUGCUGGUUC